AUAGAAUGCCGAAGCUCUCUCAGCUUCCGUGAUAUCGGCGCCCGUCUGCAGAAUAUAUCCCCGACACAUCCAGGUACCUGCGACUGGUUUUUUGAAACAUCUGUGUUUCAAAAAUGGUAUGAUCACAUCGAACACAAUAACAGAUUGCUAUGGAUCAAAGGAAACCCUGGUACUGGUAAAUCGACAUUGAUGAAACAUAUUUUGGAAUACUGCCAAAAUGAAAAUGACUAUGCCAUCGUGUCAUAUUUCUUCAACGCUCGAGGAGCCGAACUCGAAAAGACACCUCUCGGCAUGCUGCGCUCGCUACUAUUUCAACUCCUCGAGCAUGAGCCUUCUCUUUAUGAUCAGCCACUCCUUUUGAUUAUAGAUGCGUUGGACGAGUGCAGCGACGGCGAUGUGAAAAAAGUCGCAGAAUUUCUUCAGCAUUUGAGCACCGAUGCCACAAAUGCAGGAACUACGCUCAAAAUAUGUCUAUCAAGCCGUCACUACCCCUUCAUCCGCUUUAGAAGAUACCAAGAACUGGUUUUAGAGAAGGAAAAACAGCAUGACGAAGAUAUUAAUAAUUACAUCUCUUCCAACCUAAUUAAAAGAGAUGAAGCGAUUGAAAAAGCCCUCAGAAACAAAUCGUCUGGUAUUUUUAUGUGGGUUGUGCUCGUCAUCACUAUGUUGAAUAAAGCAUAUGACGAAGGCAAAAUGGAAGCUAUGAAGCAAAAGCUAACCGAAACGCCCGCCGAAUUGGAAGAGGUGUUUGAGAUGCUGCUUAAUAGAAACAACCCUGAUAAGGAUGAGACUAUCUUGAUUUUGCAGUGGGUCUUGUUCGCCAAACGACUAUUGACACCAGAGGAGAUAUACUUUGGUCUUAUAGCCGGCACAAAUCGCCAGGCAUUAGGCAAAUGGGAUCCCUUGCAGAUAACGCCUGAUAUCAUUCGACGACGCAUCAUCAGUACUUCUAGAGGGCUUAUCGAAAUACGCAAAGACAGAAAGGAAACGGUCCAAUUUAUUCACGAAUCCGUCAACGACUUCCUAGUUCGAAACGGCAGGUUACAAAAACUAGACCCGGGGCUUAUGCAAGAUCCGAUUGCGAAGAGCCAAGAUCGUCUGAAGAACUGCUGUAUGUCAUAUUUAAUGAUGGAAUCACUGGAGCUAUCAAACAAUGGAGAAAUUGAAUCUUUUUUUUCUUCCCUCGAAUUCGUGUCCAGGUUUUCUUCCAUUGAAUCCGCAUCCGGUGUUUCUUCCUUCGAUUCCCCAUCUAAGGUUUCUUCCCUGGAAUUCGCACCAAGGGGUUAUUCCCUCGAAUACACAUCGGGGUUUCCUUUCCUCAACUACGCAUCCACAUAUGUGUUUGAUCAUGCAGAAGAGGCGACAUUGGUAAGCCAAACCGAACUAUUACGGACUCAGACUGGUGAUAAAGAUGUCAUAGCAACGGUGCUUGAAAAGGGGGCAAAGAUUAAUGCUCGAGGACCUAUGGGCACCGCUCUUUCUGAUGCAGCAUAUCGAGGAGAAAUAGAGAUUUUAGAGAUGUUUCUUGAGAAGGGAGCAGAUAUUAAUGCUCGAGGGAUUCGUGGCACUGCGCUUAUGGCAGCAGCUGAAAGUGGGCAUAAAGAGAUUAUUGUGGAGAUGCUCCUUGAAAAGGGAGCAAAGAUUAAUGCUCGAGGAAUUUGGGGCACUGCGCUUGCGGCGGCAGCUGAUAACGGAAGAAUCAAGAUUGCGGAGAUGCUUCUUGAGAAAGGUGCCAAGAUCAAUGCCCGAGGAUUUCGGGGCAGUCCGCUUCAGAGAGCAGCAUUUCGAGGAAACAAAGAGAUGGUAGAGAUGCUGCUUAAUAAAGGAGCAAAAAUUAAUGUUUGGGGUGGGCUUUAUGGUAAUGCGCUUCACGCGGCUGCUUAUAAAGGAGAAAUGGAUAUUGCAAACCUGCUUCUUGAGAAGGGAGCAAAUAUUAAUGCUCGAGGACUUAAGGGUAACCCGCUUCAGGGAGCAGCAAUAAGAGGGAAGAAAGAAAUGGUGGAGAUGCUCCUCGAUAAAGGAGCAAAGGUGAAUGCUCGGGGAGGCUUUUACGGCAAUGCACUUCAGGGCGCAGUGGCUGUAGGGGACAGAGAAAUUGUGAGGAUGCUUCUUGACAAGGGAGCA